AACCCUGCAAGUCAAAUGCAGUUUUUUGUCUUCUCCAAGAUGUCCAAAUAUUCGGGCAAAAAAUGUCGCCUGCUCUCAAUGAUGUGGCUGACGGCGUUUUUCUUCUUUGUGGAGAUCAUCGUGGGCUAUGUGACCAACUCGAUGGCGCUAGUGGCGGACAGUUUUCACAUGUUGGGCGACAUUGCUGCCCUGGUCAUAUCAUUCCUCUCAGUGAAGAUGUCGCCCAAAAAAUGGUCGAAGAACACCUUUGGCUGGGCACGAGCCGAGGUGCUGGGAGCUCUGGUCAAUGCGGUGUUUCUGGUUGCGCUCUGCUUCAGCAUCACGAUUGAGGCUUGCAAAAGGUUCAUUGAGCAGGAGCCCAUACAUCAGCCAGAGCUAUUGCUCAUUGUGGGUAUACUCGGUCUGCUGGUCAACAUGAUUGGCCUGUGUCUGCUCUAUGAGCAUGGCGGUCAUCAUGGACACUCGCAUGGCGGUGGUUUGACACGCAAUCACAGCCGGCUUACAGAGCUGGCCAACAUGGACGAGGGUGAGGAUGAGCCGAACGAUUAUGCCUAUGAAAAGCAGAAGGAAAAGCAAGUUAAGAAGUCCAGCCAUGGACACAGCCAUGAUCCCGGCCAGAUGAACAUGCGUGGCGCCUUUCUGCACGUGCUCAGCGAUGCCUUGGGCAGCGUUAUUGUGGUAGUGAGUGCACUGGUAGUCUGGAAGAGUGACUGGGAGUAUCGCCUGUACAUUGAUCCAGCGCUGUCCAUUGUGCUGGUAGCGCUAAUCUUGCACUCUGUGUGGCCGCUGCUGCGUGAAUCGGCGCUCAUUUUGCUGCAAACGGUGCCCACGCACAUUCAGGUGGACGCCAUACAGAAACGUCUGCUGGAGAAGGUGGAUGGCGUGCUGGCAGUGCACGAGUUCCAUGUCUGGCAGUUGGCCGGUGAUCGCAUCAUUGCGUCUGCACACAUACGUUGCCGUAAUCUGUCAGAGUACAUGAAGAUAGCUGAGAAGGUGAAAGAGUUCUUUCACAAUGAAGGCAUACACUCGACCACCAUACAGCCAGAGUUCAGUGAGAUCGAGGGCUGCAAUAUGUCCGAUGGCACCUCCAGCAUUAAUAUGAGUGGCUCCGAUUGCUGUGCGCUCGACUGUCCCACCACAGAGGAGGGCUGCGUGAAAGCCACCUGCUGCCAAAACAACAACAAAUUGAAUCCGCUGCCUUCACCCUCAAGUUCACCUUACAUGUGCCGUCAACGCAACGCGGCACGCCAAGCGGGCGAUGUUGAGGCUGGCUCGCUGCUAGAGGCCGCAGCCAGUGGCGUCAACCCGGUGAUAAGCAAUGGCAGCGCUGUUACAGCAGCCGCGGAGCCAACGCCAAAGAAUGAAAUAGUCUGACAACAGCAACAGCAGCAGUCAACAGCACAACAGCAUCAAGUACACUUUGAUACAAGCCCAACCACUAAAACAACCACAACCACAACAUCAUCAACAACACGUGAUAUAA